AUGAAAUGGCCCAGCCGCUAUGGCCGAGCUGGGCAGGGAUGUGCGUUAUUGCGAUUCAAACCGACGGGCGCUCAAGCCUCGGACUCAUCCCGCCCCGCCAGCGCUCAUGACGGCUAUAAAGCUACACCUUCAGUCAUUCCAUCAUCCCCAUCCAUCUCACUUGACCACAACCCAACCACUAUCCACCUUUAUUCCCAAACCAAAACCAAUCUCCACCUCAGAUCAACCAACCCCCACACGCUUACUAACCUUCUUCUGAUCCAAGCCAUCCCCCAAACUUGUAUCUUUAUCCGUACCGUAUUCUUCUCCAUUUAUCCUUGUCUUGGUUUUAGGAACACGUCUUCAUCCAUUGUUUACUCAAUCAAUGAUUUCUCGCUUUACCUGAUGCCCAAGAGGGCAGCCCCCGUGUGUCCCCCUUGCCAAUCCGGUACUCUCCCAUCGGUCUUCGAAGACGAUGAGGAUGAUGAGAUUGCGCAUACCAUAAGUGUCCUCUCAAAGGCCAACAAGCUCAUCAAAAAGAUCCUCAUCCGAACCAAACUUCCUCCUCGAGUGAAAUCAUCUCAUUCUAACUUUUUCUCUCCCAGUCGUCUUCGUUCUCUUACUUUAUCUUCUCAAAGUUCUCGCCUCGCUACUCAAAGCCUUCACUCUAGUAACUCCGAUUGA